GAAAAGACCAGAGUUUGAGUCCCGGUCGCGGCGAGGCAGAUGGACGACCUUCUCAAUGUGCAGCCCCUUUUCCCCAGCAGCAAGUAGGUGCAAGAUGUAAGCCGAGGGGAUGUGGCCUCGAUGUUCCGGUGUGUGGCGGGUUUUCAGCGUCGCUGCCCUUGAGAAAUGUGUCCCAGACUGCACGAAUGUCACACCCGGGGUGGCUGUGCCGGACCCCUGGAAUUGCACCCAGUUCUACUACUGCCUGAACGAUGAGGUGCCCAUGGAGAUCCCACAUAGCUGCGAGUCAGGGAACUACUUCGACCCUUCCAUCAACCUGUGUGUGCCAGGGUUGCAAUGCCAGACAAUGUGCGGAGCGUGUCACCCAGACUGCAGCGGACACUCCGAAGGCGAUUUUGUAGAGGACCCGAUGGAUUGCACGCAGUUCUAUGUAUGUGUGCAUGAGAACGAGCCAUCUCAGCACCCAAUAGCGUGUGAACCUCCCACAGGUGUGUUUGAUCCUGUGAAUGGCAUAUGUGUUUCCGGCGACACCUGCGAUUCCUCCUGUUCCGGGGGAGCGUGCCACAUCCGGUGCAGGGGUGACGAGGACCGCGUGGCCAACCCACAGAAUUGCAGGGAAUACUUCCAGUGCGACGGCAACCUCGACCUGCAGGGACCCGUGCGGUGUCCCAGCGAGAGGCCUUACUUCGACGGGUGGAACUGCGUUGAGGACAGUUGGAAGUGCUGCGUCCCAGAGUGCUCCCCUUACUGUCACGCCGGCGACGUGCAGAUCAUCGAUCCUUACGACUGCACCAAGUACUAUAUAUGCACUGAAGAAGGGCCCCCCCAGGAGGCGAACCACCACUCCUGCCUCCACGGCGAGACCUUCCAGUCCUCCUCCAGCAAGUGUGAGGCAGGGGCUCCGUGCCUCACCCUCUGUGGGAACCACCCCAGCACCACAACCACAUCCACCACAUUCAUCUGCACAUCCUUCCCUGACACAAAGCCCCCUACUACCACAACCACUACAACCACUGAUUCGGACUGCGUCGCCUCCCUCAACUGUCCCGGAAAGGGGAACUACGCCAUGUGUGAGUUCUGCAGUGAGGGAUACUUCAAGUGCCACGCAUCAGGGGAGGACGGAGUGGCUGCUGUAUGUGAGAGUGGGUUUCUUUUCAACACGGACCCCACUUACCCGUUCUGCGUGGAGGCUGCCGAGUGCCCCUACACGCCCCCACCCUUCGCCUAGCUCACCCUCUGGCUACAUGGCGCUUCUGUAGAUGACAAAAAAACACACACACACAAAAAAAAAAAUGAUAAAAUAAAAUAAAUAGAUAGAUAAUAAUA